GAGCGCAGGGUCCGACCACAGUCGCUGCUUGGAGCUUUCGGUGAAGACGUGAAGCGAAGGCCGGAGGGCGAGCAGGCGAAUCGGCAGUGAGCGGGGCCGGAGCGGAAGCGGCCGAGGAGCCAAAAGCAGCCGCGCGGCGGUCGGCAGUGACGCGGCCGAGGUUCCUGAAAAGUUGGGCGCGGGCUCGCGCCACUGCGCCCGCGGUCCGAGCGAUGAAGAUGGUCGCUCCCUGGACGCGGUUCUACUCCAACAGCUGCUGCCUGUGCUGCCAUGUCCGCACUGGUACCAUCCUGCUCGGCGUCUGGUACCUGAUCCUCAAUGCCGUGGUACUGCUGAUUCUACUGAGUGCCCUGGCCGAUCCAGAUCAGUAUCACUUUUCAAGUUCUGAACUGGGAGGUGACUUUGAGUUCAUGCAUGAUGCCAACAUGUGCAUUGCUAUUGCGAUUUCUCUUCUCAUGAUCCUGAUAUGUGCAAUGGCGACUUACGGAGCAUACAAGCAACAUGCUGCCUGGAUCAUCCCCUUCUUCUGUUACCAGAUCUUUGAUUUUGCCCUGAACACCUUGGUUGCAGUCACUGUGCUUGUUUAUCCAAACUCCAUUCAGGAAUACAUACGACAGCUGCCUCCUGAUUUUCCCUACAGAGAUGAUAUCAUGUCAGUGAAUUCUACCUGUCUGGUCCUUAUUAUUCUUCUGUUUAUCACCAUUAUCUUGACUUUCAAGGGUUACUUGAUCAGCUGCGUUUGGAACUGCUACCGAUACAUCAGUGGCAGGAACUCCUCCGACGUCCUGGUGUAUGUUACCAGCAAUGACACUACGGUUCUGUUACCCCCGUAUGAUGAUGCCACUGUGACUGGCACUGCUAAGGAGCCACCGCCACCUUAUGUGUCUGCCUAAGCUUGAAAGUGGGCAGAGCUGAGCACGACCUUGACUUUUCAGACAUCAGAGCAGUAGUUCUUUAAUUUCACCUCUGAGAUGAGCUCUCAAGCUUAUUUGUUGCUGAAAUCUUCCAGUUUAAAAUUUUUAACGUUAAGUUGAAACCCUCUGUAGUUUUAGAUGUAGGCUUUAGCUGAGCACUCUGCUGGGUUAACUGUAGAGUUCCUUCUGUAGGGAUGGAGUGCAAGGGGCUUCCCUGGGCACUGGAAGCUCCCAACAAUCUAGAUGAACCUUGAGUCAGAGAAGUCUAGUUUUGUACAUGCUAUGCCCCCAAAUUGAUGAAUUAGUCAUAUUUUUUCCCUCUCUGUUGCCUCUUUUUUGAAAGUGUAAAAUAAAAUUAAAAUUAGACAAUACUUUUCUUAAGCCACUCCAGUGUAUAGAAGAAACCCUAUGAAAACAGGGAUGUUAAUUGUCAUUGCUCCAGUUAAGUAAAUAGGAGCACAUGUAAGUGUAUAAAUAAAACUUUAGAUCCUUUAUGACUUAAAUUCAGUGACAAUUUGAAUUUGCUGGCCAGGGCUCAGUUGAGACCCUUUGACAAUCCCCCGCAGUGAGAGAGUAGGCACUGCCAAGGCUGUCCUUGUGUGCCCCGUUCCGAGGUCAUAGAGUGGCAUUACACAUCCGAGUUACAGGGGUGAACCGAUUUGUUUGGACAGCAUGGUACCUGGUGUUCCUGUCUCCUGGUUUCCUGUCCCUGCCCAAGGCCGCCUUUCACUGAGUAUUCUGCCCUAGCCUAAUAGAAGGAGGACAUCCAUCUCGCCUUGUCACGUGGCAUUGCCGAUAUGUAUUUACCUAACGAUAUACAAAAGGUUUCUUUUCUCCCUGCAAGGCACAUCCUACUACUUUGAACUUCCAAGUUUGUCUAGUCAUCCUUUAAAAUGAGUGUAUAACAGUCUUCAGAAAAAUUAGGAGGAGUGCUUUCCUUGUCCAAUCCCCUUAUCUUGGUUACCUGAAUUUCAAGGGACUUUUAUAUAUUCAUAUAUUCAAGGGUCACAGCUCUCCUGGUUGGUCAUUUUCGAAUGUGCUGUAAAUGAAGGCUUUUACAAUUAAAAUGAGAUUUGCCCACACCCAAGAAAA